UUAAUAAAAUAAUGAACACAAUUGAGCGAAGAAUAAGUAAUUUCCUGAAACAUAUGUUUGUUAAUAUUCCGUGAUUGUAAGGUUAUUUCUGAUACACGUAUGUGGUUUGACUAAAUGCAAACAAUUUCUCAAGGGGAAUAUGGCUCGUGUCUUCAUAUAUGAACGUCAUAUUGACGCUGUCCUAACAAAUACUCUGUUUUAUGACAAACUAAAUUAUUUUCAACAUGGGAAAAAGAUUAAAGAAGAGGCACCUGACUAUAAUACUUACGAUCACGAUGAUUCGUCAGUUAGUAACACACGCGCAGUGACUAAAAUUCAGUCAACAGUAUUAGAAGAUAAAUUUUCUAAUUCGACAAAUAAUAAGGAAAAUGAAGACACAAAAUCGGAUCUGAAUGAAGAAACACGGGAAUCUAAACGUGUAGGUAAACAUUUUUCACCAGAGGAAGAGGAAGAGAGCGAUGAUAGUAUACCUUUUAAGCGCAACAAAAAAUUAGAACACUACAUAGAGUGUGAUGUGUGUUUUUUACAUUUUGAGAGUGAACUUGACAUGAAAAUUCACAGGGUACACUAUGAUGCAUCUCUUAAGUGUACCUGUGAUAUUUGCAAAGCAGUAUUCCAAUCAGAUCACAUGUUAAGUCGACACAGAAAAUACUGUAUAAAGCCGCAAGAUUUUAAGAAACCCUUCCGUAAAAGAUAUGUUUGCCACCUUUGCGGGAGAAAAUUUCCAGAGAAAUACAGACUACAGGCUCAUAUAUGUCAUUUGCACGAAAACGAAGAAUAUAAUGCAUCGAUGAAAACUAUUAACUACCACAUAACAAAUUCUGGCACUAGUAAAAUUAAACACGAUGUACUUAAGGAAAACACUAACAAUCAGGUAGCAAACAUUGACAAAGCAGGGAGGCUGAAGAGUCUGAGCGACUCACCAGUAAAAAGGUUGAGGCAAACCACUCUUGUAGAAUUCCUUUCUUUCUUUAAUAAGAAACAAAAAGAGUGCAUUAACUCGGAGAAAGUUUCUUCCACAAAGAAGACUGAUGUUAUUCAUAGACAAGAUAAAAUAAGCGAAAUAAAUUCAUCAUCUACCGAAGUAAACAUGCCUAGAAAAAUUGAAAGUUCUACCUGUAUUCCGUCUGUAACGAUUCAUCCCACCGAUAAAACACCAUUUGUACAAAUUCACGUGAAUACCUACACUAUGGAGGCCUUGUUAAAUGAUGAAAUAAAAACUGAACCAGAAGAUUCCUACAGUCCUACUACUUCGCACAAUACAUUUUACAAUCUAAGACGAAUAGGAAGGGGAGAUAGUAACCGGUCGUCGGCUACAUUAGAUAGCGGACUUGGCGCGGAAUCAUUUAACAAUGAAAGAUUUAUUGUUACACGCAAACGAAAACGGAUGAAUGUACUAUCGUACGAACAAAAGCUGAAAUCAAAAUUCAAAUGCAAGGAGUGUGUAAUUUAUUUAGAGAGGUGCGAUCAAAUUCUGAAUGGUUUCGAUAAAUCUGAAUGUAUGCUUAACGUCGACACGAUAAAAAUAGAAAAAGAUAGUGAAAAUGCUGAAUCAACGAGCCCAAGUAAACUAAUAUUGAAGACUUUGGAAGUGCCACUAGUGAGAGUGAAGGAACCCGUUGAAAUUGAAAGUGACGAAUCGCCAACAUACGUAGAAGAACCAGACGUAACCAAUGUUGAUAUCGGAUCUAGCCGUAACGAUGUAUUACCAUGCAAAAUUUGUAAAAAAUCUUUUCCUUCAGAGGUCAUGCGUAAACACUUAGAGGUAUGUCACACGGUGUACAUGUCAAGUAUAUGUAACGCCCGUUACACGACCAGAGGUAAAUUGUUGAAUCAUUAUCUAAAUCAACACAUAGUUUUUAAACGAAAGGAAUGCUGCGUUUGCUACGAACAAUUUAGUACAUCUGUGACGCUAAAGUCACACAUGCUUUUACAUUGUCUCAAAGCCAUACGAUCGGAAAAUGACAGUCUGCCGAUCGGUCGUAAAAUUAAGUGUAACGCGUUUAAGAAACAAUAUCGGUGUAAUCCGUGUGGUAAACGAUUUUGGUUGAACUCGUGUUUGAAUCAUCAUCAGAAGGUGUGUUCCUGGAUGAAAAAAGCUAGGAAGGGAGAACAGCAAGUACCUCGCGUGAAAACCUCUUCGUCUUUUGUGGAAGAAGAAAACACAGGCGAAUGUGAAAGUAGAUCGCUUGUCAUUGGCAAUACGACACCCACAAUAAAUUCGUUUCAAAAUACUUGUAGCCCUUCUUCUCUUUCCGCAUCUCAAACAAAGACACCCAAUCUCAAGACUCAAGACUCAAACCCAUCACAGACACGAUCAACUGCAAAUCCAAAAAAGUUAAUCAAUAGUAUCGUAUGCGUAAAGGGUUAUCAAGUUGAUGUAACUGGCAUGGACAGAAUAAAGUUUCCCUGUUUAGUAUGCGACAAACAAUUCCAAACGUUUCAGAACUUGUGUUUACACGAACGUACCUAUCGCAAACCACCCGAUAGUCCGUGUAACGUUUGCGGUACUGUAUUUACUACUAAGAGACUUUUACAACUUCACACGCUUGCGACUCACACACACGCCUGUUCGUCGAGAUACAAAUAUUUUUGCAAGUUUUGCAAUCAGGGUUUUAUUAGAAAGUCGAAUGUUCAAGUUCACGAACGUCACUUCCAUAUUACACAGAACGUUGUACCAUCCACAUUGGAGAACGAUGAUUCUGUUUGGAACAUAAAUACUGAGUGCCGUAUCUGCAAUUUGAUGUUCGAAUCUUACGAUCGUUUCAUCGAGCAUAACAAAUACUAUUAUAGAGGUCAAGUUUUUACAUGCACAUUUUGCGGCGAAUCGUUCGAAGGAAUGUACAUACUUCAUAAUCACAACAAAACGGUACACUAUACAGAGGCUAUGCGUAAUUCGUACACUUACAAAUGCAAUAUUUGUAACGAGGGCUUUAAGCAGAAGUCUCAUUUCCACGCGCACAAGUUCCACGUUCAUUUAGAGGAUAUGAAAACCAGCGAGGAUCACAGUUACGCGUUGAGAGUCAGCAAUGUUGACACGCACAUAAAUGUACCAUUAACGGUGUCUUCUUGCAAGAUCUGUUCCGCGGAAUUUACCAAUAAAACGGAUCUACGGAUACACGAAAUGGAAUAUUCCGUCGAUGGUGACUUUCAGUGUGCCAAAUGCGACAGGAAGUGUCGUACCGUUGACAUUCUUAGCAAGCAUGACAGUUUAACCCAUAAUAAUUGUCUCAUCGGCAAUUAUUAUAAAUGCCGUUUUUGCGAAGAGGUGUUAACGACAAGUGUAUCGUUGUCAUGCCAUGAAAAACAUUUUCACGCGAGCAUCUCGUCUUCUUUGGAGAGCAGCCAGAACGCGUAUGGUCCAUUAGAUGCGAAUCAUGAAGCUGGUGACAAGGCUGUCGACAAAUUUCACGACAGAUCGAGCAACAUUAAGUGUUCGACUUGCGGUAUGAGAUUCAACGACGAGGCAAAGUUACAGGAUCAUUUAUUAGAGUACUCUGAUGUUGGUGCGUAUGCGUGUGAUAUUUGUCAGCGAAAGUUUACGGAGUUACAUCGAUUGGAAGUGCAUAGAGUGAAACAUUCAAAGUUAAGUUAUCAUUUGUCCAAAUGUCACUGCCCUAUAUGCCACGAGGGAUUCCCGGAUGCUCCUAGUGUCCGAAUGCACACGUUACACUUUCAUGGGUAUGAAACAUUUUCAAGUGCCCUUAUUAGAUACGACGAUAAGAAGGACGACGAUAAUCAAGAGAGCCAGUUUAAUCCUCUUAUAGACGAACCGGAUAAAUUAUCUAAUCCUUCCAUUUUGUCCUCUACAAAUCAAUCGCAAGGAGGCUCUUUUAAAUGUUCCGAGUGUGACGUAGCAUUCAAUUCUCAAAGUAAUUUACGUAAACAUAGAUCACGGUUCGUGAAUACCGGUAACUACGUAUGCGAAUAUUGUGGCCGUAAGUUUCCUUGGUUGACAUUAUUUAAGGCUCAUGUAAAUAAACACUCUGCCGCGGAUGGUUAUUUGAAGCAUAAAUGUUUUCAUUGCAACGAACAAUUUCGGUAUCCUUUUUCAAGGUACUCGCACAUUAUACACAUUCACGGCAAGGAUAAAGUAAACGUUCAAACCACUGACACGAAUAGAUCGGAUGAUAAUAACACCAAGUUAUCGUUAGAUCGUUCCAAAGUUGUUUUUGAUACUCCUGUUACCGAGCUGACCGACGAUUUCGAAUAUGACCAGCUUUCACUUCCCUCUGCAACAUGCUCGCCUGAAGUUUGCGACAAUAGAAUCGAACCGGACGUUAUAACGAAUUCCGUAGACGAGUCUAACGGCGAACAGGAAGUAUCGUCUUCCACGGUAGACAAUAUGCUAAACGAUCCGUACACGGUUCAAGAUAACGACGGUUCAAAGAAUGUCGAAGAGAAGAUAAACUAUUAUACAUGUCCUAUAUGCAAUCUAUUGUAUCCGACUUUGAAGAGAUUCGAGUUGCACUUAAAGGUGACGCAUAGAAGCUUAUUUCAGAAAAUAGUAAACGAUACAUUACCAUCCACGAAAGCGAACGUCAUUACUUGCAUGGUCUGUGACUCUACUUUUGCCGAAGAAUGGAAGUUCAUGGAACACGUACGGAACACACAUCCAUCCCUUUUAUCGACUGGUCAUAGUAUGGCGAAGGAAGUUACCCCUCUCCCUACUGCACCAGAUGAUUCCGAUGCAUUAGAAAUCGUUUGGGAAAAGGAAUCAUCUGCUGUUACAGAACACCAUCCGAAAAUUAAAGGACCUAACAAUUCAGACGUCCAGGCACUAUACGAAAGUUACUUUGGUCCUAUAGUCACUUAUGUUGGAAGUUUAGCCCCAUCAAAUGUAUCCAAGCUAACUCCCGAUGUUUGUAAGCUGAAAGUCAAGUCGUUUGCGAAAUUGAAUUAAACGAAUCUUAAGGUAAUGCUUUCAUAUCAAAGGUUUACUUACUACAUGACCGAAGACUUGAGAUUGUUUAACUAUUACGAAUUACUUGGCACUCGUAAGUAUUACUUUAUGAUCGAUUUAGAUGUAAUAAAACGAGAUAAAUUGCCAAAAAGAUCUGUAGCUAUAACAUUG